AUGAGAAAAACCUAUAAGCCACUUGCCAGAGCAGAAAAGGCUUCUCAGAUGUUCCGAAAGAAGACACUAAAUGUAAAUGACAACCUUAACAUUAAGCAUGACGACGACGAUAUUGAGAAUGUUGAUGAAUACUGGUCUACUGCAGUAAGUGUCAUUGGCAAUUCAACCAUUGAUUCAAUUGACAAUGAAAAAUCCAUUGAACCAAGUGAUACUCUCUUUAACAUCAACACCAUUAGGAAAAGCAUUCAGGGCGAGGGGAAUAUUCAGAAAAUCAGGACUAGUGAAGAGCUUGCUGAGGAUCUGUAUCGGCAGAGUGUAGAUGAAGGUAAAAUACUCCAGAAAGGCCUUGCAGAAAGUAGUACGGAAAAUAGUGGUAUAGAAAGUAGCAAUAGAGAAAGCCACACAGGAUAUAUGAAGGCAACAAUUAAAAAGGUGGUUACCUCAGAAGAGGACAGCAGUCUGAUUAGGCUUCCGGAUGGUAAAGACAAUUCGGCCGAGGCAAAUAAUUUUGACGGGACUAAUUCAGGUUACAUUAUUUCUGAUGGAAUUGACAUGGAUCCUGGCAUUCAAAAUGAUACCGCGUCUAUGAUUGGACAAGAGAGCGAAAUAAAGGAGAAUUCUAUGAAUAGGCUUGGAAUUGAGACAGCUUUAAAGCCGGAUGUAAAGGGGGAUGUCAAUAUGGCAUUAAAAAGCUUUAAGACCAUUAAAACAUCACCGAAGAAGAAAAGUUCCUCAACAACUAGGCAGAAAGAGGUAAGCCAAAAGGUGCACUCUGAGGUGGAGAGCACCAGUUCGUUUGAGAGAACCAGAAUUGAGGCUCAUGACCCCAAAAAACAGAAGAGAUCACACAUCUUUGAAGUUGAAAAUACAGUUUUAAAUCUUAACAAGAACACAAUUGCCCCUCUUUUCUGCUCCAUUUCUGUCGAUGUUGCCACAAUGACUCUUGAUUAUCUGGCCUAUGUCGACAACUACAAAACUGAGAAUGCCUUUUCUGUUUACAUCAUUAAAGGCAAAAUAGAAUUGACAGUUAAUGGGCAAACAAAAAUAGCACCCAAGGGAUCUGUUUCGGUUGUUGAGAGGGACGAUGUUUGCUCUGUUAACUGUAUCUCUAAGAAUGGCGCAAUACUUUUACUAACAUAUGCAUUGUAG